AUGUAUAAUAAUUUUGGUGAUGAAUAAUACAAGCUUAAUAAGUGGUGUCAAUUUAUAGAUUAAAAGAUUGCUUAGUUCUUUAAUAAACAUCUAUUAAAGCAUAACAUGAUUAAGGACUAUUAUUACAAUUUUAUUAAUGCCCUGUCAAUAAUAAUAAUUAGGUUCAUUUUAAGAACUAACGAAAACAAAAUACCUGUUUUUUGCCUUAUAUUAGUGAUAAUACAUUUACUGUUAACAAUCAAAUAGAAAUUGCGUAAAGUUUAAAUUCUGUUAAAUCACCUAAUUGAUGUGAUUAUUUUGAUUUCUAUGUAACAAUUCAAUAGAGAAAAUGAUAAUGAGUUCAUAAUAAGACUUGCAUUGUAGAUAGGAAUAUAAACUUCAAAAUCUAUGCUUUUUUAGUAUGAUUAGUUUAGCAUGAUUUUUUAGAAUAUUGUAAAAAUAUCAUCAAUAACAAUCAUCAGAUGGUACUUAAUCAAGGAUUAUAAGUAAUUUUAAAUUAUACUGUAGUACUUUUAAAAUAAUAGUAUUACUGACCUCCAUGAUAUUUUAUUAAAUAAUUCAACUUCUGAUAGUUACUUCCUAUUCUUAUGCAUAUAAAAAUAUUUGGAUCAAUAAUGAAAAGAUGAAAAAGAAUAACUAAAUGAUUGAAAAACUCCUCUAUGAAUUACCAAUAGGAAUUAUAUUAUUUAAUUCAAAUGGUGAAGUGUAAUUUUAAAACUCAGUUUCAUAUAAAUAUUUACCCAAAUCUAUUGAUUUAGUAUCAAAAAAAUAUCAUUUGGAAUCUGUUUAAAAGUAUAGUGAUUUAAUUCUAAUGGAGGGGGACUAAGCAAAAUUCCAGAAGGUUUUUGAGGAAACUUUAGAAUCCACAGAUCCAAUAAUAGUCUCUUUUGCAUUUUAAGGUCAUCCAAUUCCAAUCUGUUGCCAUUUGCGAAAGUAGGUUUUCAAUAAGAAUUCAAUUGUGGAAGCAAUAUUUAUCGAGAAAUCAGACGAUUAAUCCUUGAUUUAUGACAAAAUAUCGUAGAGUUUAUAAAUAAUGAAGAUCUAAUAGAUUUCUGAGAUUCUAUCGAAAUAACCAGAAAGAAUGAAGUAACAAUUACUGUAGUCUCUAUUUCCCAUGCUAAACAACACAGAUUACUAAAAGUCUGAUUAGAUAGUAUGCAAUUUAAAAAAUUACUUUAAAUUUUUUGCUGAUUGCUUAUAAAUAAUCUACAAAACAGAUCCAAAUGUGAAAAUAGAGAAUGACGUUCCUGAUCAAGCUUUUAUAGACGUAGUAAAGUUGCACAGUAUUUUAACUUAAUUGAUUUCUUAUAUCUAUCAAGAACACAAUCGAAAAUAGAUGAUGUAAGGAUUUCCAUCUUAGAGAUAAUUGGUCCAAUAAAGUGAAAAGUAAGUAUAACGAGAGGUGAACAAUUUCUCUUUGAUUUCAUUUACAAUCUCUAAAGGAAAUGAAUUGCAGGUGACAAUAUAGAUAGAUUAUCAUAAUCAAAUCCAAGAAUUAGAAAUGUUAUUUUAGAGAUUCGACUUCGAAGGAUUAAAAAGCUAUGACUUUAGAUUGUAACAAUUACAAGAAGAGGACUUAUCCUACACUUCAUUUAUCCAUAUUUUGCAUUAGAUUUACUAGAUAGAAGGUCAAAUAGAAGUAUGUGAGAGAUUGGAUAAUAUUAAGAUUCAAAUGAAUAUUCCAAUGAGAUUGACAAAUGAAUAUUAGUCAGUUCUAUUAGAUCAUUAUAUCAGCAUGGGUAAGUUGGAUACUCAAUCCAAAAUCUAUUCGAUUAAUAACGAAAUAUUUUAGGCUUUCAGAAUUAAAUCCACAAAGAAGAUCUCUUCUACUUAAAGGAUAGCUCCGUAGCCAGCCUCAAGAGUUAAUGAGGAAACCGUAAAGGUUCAAACAUCUCUAAGUGAGUAAAAGCCAUUUUAAAUUUGCAAAUGCUUUGAAUUUACUUAUCGUCCGAAUGUUGUAAGUGAAGAGGAGAAAUUGGAAUCCAAUAAAAUAGUAAGUCCUAACUUAUCGCCUAUUAAUAAGCCAUCUCCUUUGAAUUAAGCAGAUGUUGCUACUUUUGAUAUCGAAGAUAGAAUCAACACUUAAAUGCAUUCAGUAGAAAAGGCUGUAUCCAAGGUCUUAGAGCAAGUUUUAUCAGAAAUCAUGACUUUUAAAGGGAAAAGAAUCAAUGUUCAAUUCAGAAAUUCAAAGCAUAAACAAAAGUCAUUUGAAACAUCUCCCAGCAGUAUUUCUUCAAUUAUUAUUAUUAGAUUCAUCAGCUUAACAAUAAAACUAAAGAAAUACUAGUGUGCCAAAUUUAUAGUAGUUUCGAACUACCAUCCCUGAAAAAAGUGAAACUAAUACUAAUUAAUAACAAUAGUAAUAACCGUCACAACAUCCCAAUCAAUCUUUAUUCAAGUAGAUUGCUAUUAAACAAAUGCCUCUAUAAACAUCAUAGAACAUUGGAUCAUAACCUUCAUCAACAACUUAAUCAUAACAAUUGAACUCUGUCUAACAAACCAAAAGAUAUUAAGGAACAUAAUUAUUAAGAAAUCUUAGAGAGAAUGAUUCAAAAGUGCAACAUCUAGAAUAAAGUGAUUAAUUCAAACCUGAUGAGAUUAAUGAUGAUCUCAAGAAUUCUAUGAAAUAUAUUCCUUCUAACUUAGAGGAUCCUUAAUUACAAAAAUCCUAAACUUCUUUUGGAGUCAUUGUUCAACCAGUUUAAACUUAAGGAUCUGAGAAAUCCCCUUGCUUCAAAGUGUAAAAGUAAGUAACAAUAAAUGAGAUUGAAAGUUAAUCAGAGGAAAUUAGACAGUAGGAAACUAUUGAUUUAAAAUAAUAUUACAAGGAGAACUUAACAUAUUUAUUAGUGGAUGACUCAACAGAUGGUUUAGAUUUCAAAGUUAAAUAAACUCAUUAGUUUGAUUAAAGCAUAACAUGUUCAGAUGCUUCUUAAAAGAUUAAGUCAAUGUUCGAAAAGAAUAAAAUUUAUCAUUUUAUUAUUGUUAGAAUUAACCUACCAAAAAAGAAUGGAAUCUAAGUAAUCUAUAAUCAAAUAUUUUAAGUUCAUUUAAGAAAUAAGAUAGCUUGAAAAUUAAUAUAACUUACCUAAACAGUAUUUUGUAGGUAUUGAAAGCAAUAUAUCCUAAACUCUUAAGCAAUCAUGCAUAUAAGCUGGUUUUGAUGAAGUUUAAGAAAAACCUUUAAAAUCAUAAUAUUUAGCUUAAUUAAUUGAAAGCCGUUUAAAUCCCCCUCCUGGAAUAAUUUGGAAACCAAUUACUAAGAGCUGCUCAAUUAUGGAUUAAUAAGAGAAAAUCAAUUAAGUUCGUAUAGAACUAGAUUAAAUUGCUAUACCUCAGAAAAUUUCUUCAUUCCAAGAUAUUCCAGUAGCUUCCAAGUAGCCUCAAUUUAGAAAAGCAUUCUAUCAUCCUAUUGUCACUAUUUAUAUAUUAGAUGAUUCAAGUGUACAGAUUAGUGCAUUAUCAUCCAUGAAAUUUAAUUUCUAAGUUAAAGUUGUAUACGAUAGAACUGUUGAUGCUGGACUUAAAAAUUUUGAUAAAUUAUUUGAAGAAAAAAAAAUUUAUCAUAUCGUCUUAGUUAAAAUGAAUUUCACAUAAAAAAAUGGAUUAGAGGUUAAUAUUUGAAUUAUUUUAGAUUUUACAAUAAAUUAGAGAAAGGGAAAAGAAGUAUUUAGUUCCAAAAUAAUUUAUAGUAGCUAUAGAUAGCGACUUUACCGAAGAAAAAAAGACAGACUUAAUCAAACAAGGAUUUGAUGAUGCUUUGACGAAGCUAAUCGAUAAACGAUUAUUAGAAGGAAUACUACAAAAAAGAAUAGAAGAUGAUUGA